CCGUGCCGCGGUUCCUUCCUGCGCCUCUAUCUGCAUCCGGGUCUGUGGGAUUUGCGCUCCACUGGCCGGCCGGGGUCGCUCAAGGGUGGCUGGGUGUUGGCAGUUCCCUCUGUUUCAGCGUCGGAGGAGUCGGUGGGUCAGCCGGGAGUACACCUUUAGGAUGCUAUAAAAAACUAAUAGAGUUUCAUAAGAAUGGACACCUUUCUUUUAAAUAUGUGAAGACCUUUAAUAUGGAUGAAUAUGUAGGUCUUCCGAGAAAUCAUCCUGAAAGCUACCAUUCUUAUAUGUGGAAUAAUUUUUUUAAGCAUAUUGAUAUAGAUCCUAAUAAUGCACAUAUCCUUGAUGGGAAUGCUGCAGAUUUACAAGCAGAAUGUGAUGCCUUUGAAAAGAAAAUAAAGGAAGCUGGAGGAAUAGAUCUUUUUGUUGGCGGAAUUGGUCCAGAUGGUCAUAUUGCCUUCAAUGAGCCGGGAUCCAGUUUAGUGUCAAGGACAAGAUUAAAGACACUAGCAAUGGAUACCAUCUUGGCAAAUGCCAAAUAUUUUGAUGGAGAUUUAUCAAAAGUGCCAACUAUGGCUCUCACUGUUGGUGUGGGGACAGUGAUGGAUGCUAGAGAAGUAAUGAUCCUCAUAACAGGGGCACACAAAGCAUUUGCCCUGUACAAAGCAAUCGAAGAAGGAGUCAAUCACAUGUGGACUGUUUCCGCUUUCCAGCAGCAUCCUCGAACUAUUUUUGUAUGUGAUGAAGAUGCUACUUUAGAAUUAAGAGUUAAAACGGUGAAAUACUUUAAAGGUCUAAUGCAUGUGCACAAUAAACUUGUGGAUCCACUAUACAGUAUGAAAGAAGGAAAUUGAAGGAGAUUGGAGCAAAAUUCUGCUUGAAUGAACAGAGCACUUUUUUCUAAGUAGUAGAUGAAUUUUCAGCUAUGCAAUAUAGCAAAACUUGGGAAAUUUUGAAGACUGUCAUUUUUUCAAUCGAAUAUCUACGUUAAACAUUCCAUAUUUUGAAUAUUUAUAUCUUGUACUAGAAUUUAAGAGAAGUAGCUGGCUCUCAAGAUUGACUGGCUAUUUAUUAUAAAGUACUGAAGUCACAUAGCCACCUAUAAAACAGCAUAGAAAUGUCUUGCCUGUUUAAAAAGUCAUCUUAAAGGUAGAGUGUACACAUCAGGUACCAUUUUGUGAUAUGACUCCAGUGGUGGCAUAUAUUUUCAUUUUUUAAUGACAGGAACACACUCCAGACCUUUCAGAUGGCAAACUCAUUUCAGAUCUUCACUUUUGGAAUGUGAUCUUUAUGUUUUCUGUGCAUUACACACAUGCUUUUCUGCACGUGGUUGCCUUAGUCAUCUUCCUACAGCACCAUCUAGACAUCAAAAAUUGUGCUAUGUAUCGUUGGUAAAGGAAAUUUGAAGAGAUGUCAGUGCCUAAAAGUACAGUUUACAUCCUUUUGGAAAGUAUGUGUAAGUGCAUGUUUUUUUGUGCACCUUCUUCUACAGCACUUUUUUACAAAUAUCUUAUUUUUAUUUAUUGACUUGGGUUCAUAUCCCUAAUAUAAGUAUCUUGGCAAUUAUGAGCUUUAUAACUACCAACCCACUUCAGGAAAUUCUUUUGAAGAAUAUUUUCUGAUUAUUGUUAAACUUAGUAUAUGAUUAGCUUUAUCCCUUAUGUCUAAAAGGAUAUGAAGUAUGUAUAAAAGGAAUUACUGUAAACUUUAGAUUGCCAUAGCAAUUUACAUAAAAGCAUAUUGUUUUCUAUCUUUAACUCAAAUAAACUGUGUAAAAAGUUAUCUAAAUUUUAUUUCCAGAAGUGAAACUGAAGAACAUAUACAUUCAGUUCCCAACAGUUACAGGAACAGUACAUAGGACCCUACGUUUAUUUUGGGUUUGCUGCCAUCAUGCAUUAGGAGAUUUGGGUUAAAAGACAUCUCUGUGUCUGUGGGGAGCAAAAUGUUUUUCUUUUGCUUAUUUUGCAUUUCAUAAAUCCACCUGGUAGAAGAAGCCUUACUUAUCUGCUUGUCUGUGUGAUUAAAAUGUAUUUAGUUUCUUAAAAUAUUAAAAUAGCAAAUAAAAAAUAAAAUAAAAUUGGUAAUAGGGUUUUAUGGUUAAAAGUUGGGGUGGGAUAAAUUAUGCUGCUUUACUUUAAUUCCAGAUGAUGUUUUAAUAGCCUUAUAAAUGUUUUUUAAAUAGUGAAUCAGUAGCAUUCCACUUAUACUUCCCAUAAUAAAAAUUGUUUACUACAAACUAUGCUGACUACCAACCUUAGAAAGUCAUACAACAUCACAGU